AUGGACACUAAGAACUCUGGAAUGGAUUCCUUGCAAGCAAUACGCCUUCGAGGGAGGCCACCGACCAGAUGGGCUGACGUGUUAAUUGCACGAAUGGAUCAGCUGAAUUCUCAGCUGGUAACGAGUAAUGGACCUGAGCCUCGCGAACGUCGCCGCCGCACUUCAAUACCAACAUCGUGGAUGACGCUAGCGAGAGACAGA